AUGUUCCGCAACUUCAAAAAAGCCAUUGAGCGAAACGUCAGCGACGCCUUCAGCUCUGGCCCCUCCACGCAUACCUCUCACGUCAAUACUGUCAUCAACAUCGGACCACACUCCCUUCGUCUCGGCCCUGUGUUUGCAGAAGGUGGUUUCUCAUUUGUCCACAUCGCUACCCCGCUCCACCCACGCCCCACCACCAUCCGCUACGCAGUCAAGCGACUCCCGUGUCAAGACCCCGACGCUGAAGCCGCCGCACGUCGCGAGAUAGAAUUGCUGCACGCAAUUCCGCCACAUGAAAAUAUCGUCGCCUUCCACGGCGCCACUUUUCAUCAAGGUCACGCCUUUCUACUCUUCGACCUCGUCGACGGCGGUACACUGCCGGAAUACCUCGCUCGCUCGAGCCGCACCCUCUCACAGGAGAAGCGCCUCACUAUAUUUCAAAACGUCGUCGCGGCCGUUGUUCACAUGCACGCUCAAACACCUCCGAUCGCCAUUCGCGACGUCAAAUUAGAAAAUGUCCUCUACGACCGCUUAGCCUCAUGUUACAAGCUCUGUGAUUUCGGCAGUGCCUCCAACAUCGCUAAGCGCCACACGACGCGCAAGGAGAUCCUUGACGCCGAGGAAGACAUUGCCAACUCCUGCUCGGCUAUGUACAGAGCCCCCGAAAUCGCAGAUGUCUAUACCAAGCAGUUUGUCUGUGAGAAGAUUGAUGUCUGGGCCUUGGGGUGUAUCUGGCACGCCCUGCUUUACGAUAAACUGCCCUUUGAUGGCAUGUCCUCGCUGCAGAUCUUGAAAGGCCUCCCCGCCGUUCCUCCAGAACCGCAAUAUCCGGGCGAGUAUAUCGAGUUGCUGAAAGCCAUGUUGACGAUUUCUCCCGAGGAGAGAAUCGAUUCGUUUGCGUUGCUGGAACGGGUCGACGCAUUGCUUGGACGUAAAACGGACGACGCUUUGCGGAAGGCUGGAGCUAGUCUCCGCAAGCAACGUGCUCGAGAUUUUGGUACAGAGCAAGCGCCAAAACUCUGCGGGCCAGAAGGUGACCUGCUCUCAUUCGACGCACAACCUCUCCCGAAUGUGCCCACGAGCUCUCCUGCUAGAUACGCCAGUCCGCAACCAAAGGCAUGUGGGACGGCUUUCCCCUUGCAGAGCAAUGCGAACAACUCCACAGCCCCCGCAAAUAGAAUUGCAAUACAAGAGCAAGGAUGGGCAGAUUUCGAUUCCGCCUUCGGAGGGGCAGCAGCUGUGGCUCCCGUCAAAAUGCCACCCAUCAGCUCUGCCCCAUUAACACCGCUGGAUAAGGUGGGUGGCGGGCACGCCCGGUCCAGAGGUUCCUCGCUCGCAUCCCUUGCCGCGAAACCUGCAGAGUCUACCAAACAGCAAAUUUCUCGAGCGAAGAUUCCUUUACCCAUCAGUUCUGCAAUCAGUCAGACUGCUUCAAUCUCGCAGUCAACAUCCGACGUUGGUUCAAAAGGAAACGAAGUGGCAUCUCUGAUCGAUUUUAGUGAUUUGCAGGUCACAGCAUCAAAAUCAAAGCCCUCGUGGACAUAUGACAACCGGAAAAGGUCUGCUCCUUCGGAACAGACAUCUCCCCCACCUGUCGUUGACAGCACUGACUUGAUCGAUUUUGGAUCCGGCUGA